AUGGGAAGAACCUACAUUGUAGAAGAGGCUGUUGGCCAGUAUCUUUCAAACAUCAAUCUCCAGGGAAAAGCUUUUGUCUCUGGCCUUUUAAUUGGACAGUGUUCCUCACAAAAGGAUUAUGUGAUUCUUGCCACGAGAACACCACCCAAAGAAGAACAGAAUGAGAGCCCCAAACAUUCCAAAGCCAAAUUGGAUAACUUGGAUGAAGAAUGGGCCACAGAACAUGCCCACCAGGUAUCCAGGAUGCUACCAGGGGGACUUUUAGUUCUUGGAGUAUUUAUUAUUACAGCUUUAGAAAUGGGAAAUGAAUUUCAAAAUACCCUGCGUAGACUAGUAUUUGCUGUGGAAAAAUCUGUGAAUAAAAAGAGACUGUGGAAUUUCACAGAAGAGGAGGUCUCAGAACGAGUGAUACUUCACUUUUGCUCUUCUACAAAAAAAAUAUUUUGUCGAACUUAUGAUAUUCAUGAUCCAAAGAGUUCUGCAAAACCGGCAGAUUGGAAGUAUCAAAAUGGACUAUCAGCUUCAUGGCUUUCCUUAGAGUGUACGGUUUAUGUUAAUAUUCACGUCCCGCUGUCUACUACUUCUGUCAGCUAUACUCUGGAGAAAAAUACAAAGAAUGGACUUGCACGUUGGGCCAAGCAGAUAGAAAAUGGUAUUUAUUUGAUUAAUGGGCAAGUUAAAGAUGAAGAUUGUGACCUUUUAGAAGGACAGAAAAAAUCUUCUAGAGGAAAUACUCAAGCAGCUAAUCAUUCAUUUGAUAUUAGAGUGCUAACACAGUUGCUUCUGAAUUCAGACCACAGAUCCACAGCCAUGGUCCAGAUCUGCAGCGGCUCUGUUAACCUUAAGGGUGCUGUGAAGUGCAGAGCUUACAUUCAUAGUCAUAAGCCCAAGGUUAAAGAUGCUGUGCAGGCCAUGAAAAGAGAUAUAUUGAAUACAGUUGCUGAUCGUUGUGAAAUACUAUUUGAGGAUCUGCUUUUGAAUGAAAUUCCAGAAAAAAAAGUUAUGAAUUCUGAAAAAGAGUUCCACAUUCUCCCUCACCGAGUUUUUGUCCCCAUUCCGGGAUCCACUGUAAUGUUAUGUGAUUAUAAAUUUGGCGAUGAGUCAGCUGAAGAAAUGAGAGACCAUUUUAUAGAGAUGUUAGAUCGUACGAUUCGAAUAGAAGAUUUGGAAGUUGCAGAGGAGAUAAGCACGGCCUGUAUAAGUUCCUCUAUAGAUACUGAAGCUUCAUUGGAACACACAGAUGAUGAACAACCAAAACAUCCAAUUAAAACUACAAUAGUGUUGAAAAUUCAGCAAAACAUAGGUGUGAUUGCAGCAUUUGCAGUUGCAGCCCUUGCUGCGGGUAUCUCCUUUCACUACUUCAGUGAUUAG